AUGAUGUGGACGGAUGAAUUGAUAAAGGCAGAUUUUUCAAAAGAGGUAACCUCUGAUAUACCCAUCCCGAUAUCAUUGAUUUGGAGUCCACAGCUUUCAAUUUACAAUACAGUUACUGAGGAAACUGUCUUAAAGACCAGUGAAGACAAAUAUCAGACAGUGUUUUUGUCUCCUAACGGAACAAUUCGUUUAAGCACUGUGGGUUUAUCUGAAACCAAGUGUGAUGCCAAUAUCCUGUAUUAUCCAAUGGAUGUGCAAAGAUGUGAAAUACAUUUUAUAAGUAAUGAACUCAUCGAAAAUGUGGUUUUGAGGCCAAAUUCAGAGGAAAAUCUCGUGUCAAACGUCCCACAAGUUUUAAUAAAAAACGAAGAAUGGGAAAUCACAGACGUAAAGUGUGAUACAAACAUAUUGUAUGGCGUUUCAAGAAUGGUUCUUUCUUUUACCAUGUCCAGGCACCCAAUGUAUCUCUUCAUGAACUUUGCUUUCCCACUUGCGUAUCUGUGCUUUUUGAAUUUCUUUGUGUUUCUUCUUCCGGAAUCUUCCGGAGAGCGAAUUUCUUAUGCAGUCACAAUGCUUCUUGCUUUGAUUUUGUAUCUGAAUAUGAUUGCUGAUCGAUUACCGAAUACUAUUCCAGUUAGUCUGCUCAACAUCAAUGUUGUUAUUCAACUGAGCAGUAGCAGCUGUGUAGUAUGGAUGACGAUACUGACUCUUUGGAUGUACGAGAAGCAACAAAAAGAUCUGCCAGUAUCAUGGGGUUGGCAGGCUUUUGUGCGUAUAACUACUCCCAAAAGCUGCAGGAGAUCACAGCGGAAAAUACGUCCCCUAGAAGAAGAAGUCAAAGGGAGAGAUGAUAAAGUGAUGGAGGACAACAGUUCUCAAGGAACACCUGAAAACGAGGAAACUAUCACAUGGAUGGACGUAACAAAUGCAGCAAAUCGGUCUAUAUUUUGGAUAGCUAUCAUGUUCUUGAUCAUUCAAUGUUUUCUGUUUGUCUUUUUAAUAAUAGUUCGUCCGAUUUAA